AUGGAGCUGUCCGUCACAUGGUUUCUAGUGGGGCUCAUCUCUGCUUUACUCUGGCUGUUCAAGCUGAGGAGCCGCAGACACGUUUGUUUACCUCCGGGACCGACCGGUCUGCCAUUCGUAGGAAACCUGCUGCAGCUGGACAAAAGCGCUCCGUUCAAAACUAUGCUGAAGCUCAGUGAAAGCUAUGGCCCCGUGAUGACUGUGUACCUGGGCCCUCAGCGCGUCGUGAUCCUGGUGGGGUUUGAUGCUGUGAAGGAGGCACUGGUGGACCGGGCAGAUGACUUUGCCGGCAGAGGACCUAUUCCUUUCCUUAUGAGGGUUACCAGGAGCUAUGGUUUGGCGAUGAGUAACGGAGAGCGCUGGCGCCAACUGCGACGUUUCACCCUGACGACGCUGAGAGACUUUGGGAUGGGACGCAAGGGGAUGGAGGAGUGGAUCCAGGAGGAGAGCACCCACCUGCUGGCCCGCAUAGAUGACACCAAAGCCACGCCUUUCAAUCCCACCUACUUCCUGAGCUGCAGCGUGUCCAACGUGAUCUGCUGCAUGGUGUUCGGCCAAUGCUUCAGCUACGACGACCAGCACUUCCUCUCCCUCCUGAAGACAAUCACGGAGACCCUGAAGUUCGGCAGCAGUCCCUUCGGUGAGCUGUACAACAUCUUCCCUCGGUUGAUGGAGUGGCUCCCGGGUCGCCAGCACAAAGUUUUCGCCAGACUUGAAGAGCUCAAAGUGUUCAUAAUCAAAAAUAUUCAGGAACACCAGGACACGCUGGACCCCGGCUCACCUAGAGACUACAUCGACUGCUUCCUCACUCGACUCACUCAGGAAAAAGACGUUCCCACAAGCGAGUUCCACCACGACAACCUGGUCUCAACGGUGCUGAAUCUGUUCCUGGCAGGAACUGAAACCACGAGCUCCACUCUCAGGUUUGCGCUGAGUGUGCUGAUCAAGUACCCCAAAAUCCAGGUGAAAAUGCAGCAAGAGAUCGACACCGUGAUUGGACAGCAGCGUUGUCCUUACAUGGAGGACAGGAAGUCCCUCUCCUUUACAGACUCAGUCCUCCAUGAAAUACAGCGUCUCAUGGACAUCAUCCCCAUGAACAUCCCGCACUACGCUCUCCAGGACAUCUCGUUCAGGGGUUACACAAUUCCCAAGGCGACGGUCAUUAUACCCUUGUUGCACUCUGUGCUGAGAGAGGAGAAACAGUGGGAGACCCCGUGGUCCUUCAACCCGCAGCACUUCCUGGACCAGAAAGGCAAUUUUAAGAAAAACCAAGCAUUCCUGCCAUUCUCUGCAGGUAAGAGAGCUUGUGUUGGAGAGUCCCUGGCCCGCAUGGAGCUCUUCCUCUUCCUGGCUUCACUCCUACAGCGCUUUACUUUUUCUUGUCCCGGAGGACCCGACAGCGUAGAUCUCAGCCCUGAGUACAGCAGCUUCGCCAACCUGCCCCAUAUUUACGAGAUCAUCGCGACGCCCCGGCGGUGA